UCUAAGCACUUGCCUCAUUCACUCCAGCUGCACAGGUUGCAAGUGAGGGGAGAAAAGAGAAAGAAAGGAGGACAGGAGAGCAAGAGGAGAGAAUAUUAGAAACUGCUGGUGAGGGAGAGAGGACAGGAGGUGAAUAAGAGAGGGUCUGUGCGGUUUAUUGUGUGAAGGUGUGAGGGAGUGAGGAGAGAAAGGAAAAGUCUUCCAGGAGUGGGACUUAUCAGGAGUGGGAGGUUCCUCCAGGGAGGAUCUUCGGUAGCGACCUCUCCUUUUUGCUGGGAGUCUGUCCCCCGGGGACCCCAUCCAGAGCCAUGGACCCCUCCGUGUCGACUGAGGUUGAAGGGGAGCCCAAGGAGAGGAAGAAGAUCCACUUUGCGAUUUCAUCCUCUGCGCCCACAAACCUGGAUCCUCGACAAGUGGAGAUGAUCCGGCGCAGGAGGCCCACACCUGCCACGCUGUUCAGAGUAGCUGACCAAUCAUCUCCUGAGGAUGAUCAGUCCACCCACCAGUGGGUCGUAGGAGAAAACGGAGUACUCAAACCCAAACGUGUCAAUCCAAACGUGUACCAGCCUCCCUCACUCAAAGCUGUCCAGAAGAUGGCUGAAGCACACAUGCAGAACCUAGGUGUCUACCCCCCUUUGGAAGACCCCUUUGAGGUGGAUGAGGAGGACAUCUGGCAGAGACGGGAGGAGAGGACACCUCCCACUAAGGCUGCUGACCAACAGGAGACGGCGACCGCCGAGCGCUCGGUCAAGUUUUCCAGCUUGAGCGAGACGGCCAAGCAGACCCCGGCAGCACAGGAGGAAGAGGAGGAGGAGGAGGAGGAGGAGGGAGGCAACAUCAAAGAAGCCACAGAGGAGAACAGUCGGGGGAGUAACUGAGAUAGAGAGAGAGAGGGAGAGAGAGGGAGAGCAGGGCAAACAUACGGAGGGAGAGUAAGCGUAUUUAGUGAAAGGGUUCAAAUCUGAAGCGCUCAGAAACAGACGAGCAGAGAGUGUGGGGUUAAGUGGACGUGAGUGUGUGAGGAGUUGUUGAACGAUACUUCCAUGAAACCAACAUGUGAGUGGAGCUAAGAUCUCUGUACCUUUGAAGGUCGAGCAGGAUUAAAGAGAGGACGUAUUAGGGCCGGUCUGAGUAUUCGGACUCGACCCUUAUGAGCAAGUGGGGAAUGAUGUACUAACAGAGCAGCCUGCAGACGCCACUUUGGCCCUCGUGUCCCUUUGUUUCUAAUGAGAGUGGAUGAGUGAAGGUCAACAUGACCAAACACCCUGUAAGACCAGUCCUCCCUCUACCUUCAUGCUUCUGCACACAGCGAAAUGUUCCUUUAAAGAGGAACACAUCAAUCACAGAGUACACACACACACACACACACACACACACACACACUUUCAACCUCUCUGGGCACAUUCAUAAUAAAGAAUGUCUCCGAUGUGACCUUUUCAAUAGUUCCUGAAGUCAUUAUAAAUAAACACUGACAUGCAUUUUCAAAGCACAACUCAGCAUCGAUCUAAUUUGCAGCACACUAGGUGUCCAGCCCUGUGAGUAAAUGUGCAUUUACUGCCACCUUGUGGUAAGAAAAGUGAUACUCCAACCAUUGACCUUUUUUGUCAAGUUGUAAAAAGUUCUUCUAUUUAAUAGGCUCAGGAAAUGAUAUCCAGUUGAAAUGCUCUCUGUAGUCAACUCCAGUCGUUCGAUGAAUUCACUUUCUGUGUGCAGUUGUUGCUGUUUGUUGCGCGUUCCACUUUUUCAUAUUCCUAACUUAGCACGAGGGAUUCAUGGGAAACGUUGCAGCUAUAAUUCCAGGACGAUUGUUCAAUAAAUGUAAUCUCUUUGAUAUCAGACUGACUGCUUAAAAGUAAGAACUGACUGAACCACCAUGUUACUGCAUGUGUACAAAUCAACCAGGACUUUAAUCUAGCAACUUUAAAAAAAAAAAAGAAAAAAAGAUGACUUUAAUUCAUGUUUAUUUAAUUGAUUCAAAUGUCAGUAGGGAUUAUGAUUUACUGACCUUUUAGUUAAAUGUAUAAAUACUGAAUAUCGGUUGGAGUAUCACUUUAUGUAUGACUGAAUAAUAAACACCAACAUGUUGUCUGUAAUUGCUUAAAGGCAGCGGAUGUGAUGGUCAUUUCAUCUCACUUUUAAUAAAAUGUAAUCUUUAAAGGGCAAAGCUACCUCUUAUUUGUUUGUUUAAAAAUAAUAAUAAUAACCAUAGCCUCCAUGAAGCAUCACACAUCUGAACUCUUUUUGAUCUGACAACAUUUUGAGGAAUCAAUCAAGUAUAAUGUACAUUCUUUACCAUAACUGUCGACUCAUUUUGGGAUUUUUCAGUGCUCACUGAUCUCCUUUUGUAUGUUAACACUUUUCUAUUGUUAUCUUUUUGAUUAUUGCCUCACGAUGAAUAUGUCAUGGAUCUAUUGUAAGAGCUAUUUUUCUAAUAGAACAUGCAGCGUUUGAGAAAGUCUACUCUGUCUCGUUUCUACUACUGUCUAUACACAACACGCAGUCUGCAUGCAGCACAAAGCCUGAAACCAGGCUCGGCUGGUGUGAAUGACAUGUGAGCUAAACAGUCUGCACUCACUUUUUCUUGUCUUUUUAUCGCUGAAAUAAUUUGUCUCUCUUUUGUCUGCGUCUGCAACAACUUGUAAAUGUUUUAGUUUGAUCUGAUUAAACAUCAAAUCUGACUGAAGAUGCACGAUCUGAUGCAACAGGAUGAAUAAAUGCUGUUUGCAUCCUCUGGGUUGCAGUUUGUGUAUAAAAACGGUGUGAAUCUUUAAAGACCUCUGGCCUGCCUGUCCUGUGGGAUGACAGGACGAGCAGCUGACACUGUCCUCCCGUCCUCUGUCCACCUCCCCUCUCCUGCUGGGCCAGAAGAAAGCAAACAUGGAAAGACAAGUGUGAACUCUUAACACCUAUUCUUCCUUAUUUUAUUUUAUUUUUUUCCGUUUUAUUGCUUCUCAAUGUGAUGUGGUUGUUUCAAAGUGAGCAACAAUAUGAUAUCAAAUAAAGAGUUUUCCUUUUCGCCUUUAAA